CUUAAGAAAAAUGGAAGAAAACGUUCAACAUAGAAAAGAGGAGCACCUAAAUACAGCGGAAAGGAGAUGACCUAUAGAUUGUGAUGACCAGAUAGGACCAUCUAGUUCAGAUAGAUGACUAAAGAUAGAUUAUAGAUAAGGUGAUUUGUUGUUCAUCAAACAUUAGGAUAAAUGCGGUGCAAAAACAGGUGUAAAUAGAUACCUAUAAUCCAGUUUUAGAUAUCACAAGGGCGGGAUUAGUUUUUUGUUAGAAUUUUAAGCUCUCACAGGUUUAAGAAUAUUAUACCGCGCCAAAAUUAGCUAUAACAGUCAAAAGCCCGGUUGCUGGAUUCUUCAUUUUUCGUAAGAGGGGCCAACUAAAAUCUACUACCCUUGGAGGCUAUAAUUAGGACGGUAAGAGCUGUUUUCCGCUCUUACUGACUAUUCCAUUUGCCAUUGUCUUACAAUGGAAAUUUGUGCCACCUCAACUCACCCUCAUUAACCUCAACUCAUCUAUAUAAGGAACACCUUGCGCCUCGCUUUCCAAAAUCAUAACCUCCUCUUCCUUCUCUUCACUUCUCGGCUUCCCAUUAACCUGCUGUUGCGCUCCUCUUCUUAUCUUACAAAAGCUAGAGGAAAUACGAUACUCCGAGCCAAUGGCGGGCGGUGUAGUCGUCAGUGCUUCCGGAGGGAAGGAGUACCCAGGCAAGAUGACGCUCUUUGUAUUCCUCACCUGCUUCGUGGCCUCCUCCGGUGGUCUCAUUUUCGGCUAUGAUCUCGGCAUUUCCGGGGGAGUGACAUCGAUGGAUUCGUUCCUGCUAAAAUUCUUUCCGUCCGUGUACCAUAAGGAGAAGGAGGAUGUGAGCACGAAUCAGUACUGCAAGUUCGACAGCGAGCUAUUGACUCUGUUCACAUCCUCGCUUUACUUGGCCGCAUUGGUAGCAUCGUUCUGCGCAGCGACAGUGACGAGGGUGUUUGGAAGGAAGUGGUCCAUGUUUGGUGGAGGCAUCACCUUUUUGGUGGGUGCAGUCAUCAAUGGUGCAGCUGAGAGCGUGUUCAUGCUUAUCCUCGGUCGCAUCCUUCUCGGCAUUGGCGUUGGCUUCGCCAAUCAGUCUGUGCCGCUAUACCUCUCUGAGAUGGCUCCGCCGAAACUCCGCGGGAUGCUCAACAUUGGCUUCCAACUUAUGAUCACGAUCGGAAUUUUGGCCGCCAACCUCAUCAACUAUGCAACUGCGAAGAUCGCCGGAGGUUGGGGCUGGCGCGUCAGCUUAGGACUCGCCGCGGUCCCUGCCGUCGUCAUUGCCCUCGGCGCUCUUCUCCUCCCCGACACCCCAAACUCGCUCAUCGAGCGAGGGCAUGCCGAACAGGCGAGAUCAAUGCUCUCGAAGAUCCGUGGCACCGACGACGUUCAAGAGGAGUAUGAUGACCUUGUGGCCGCAAGUGAGGAGUCAAAGACCAUCAAGCACCCGUGGAAGAACAUAUUGGAGAAAAAGUACAGGCCGGCACUCACUAUGGCUAUUCUCAUUCCUUUCUUCCAGCAGCUUACCGGGAUCAAUGUGAUCAUGUUCUAUGCUCCCGUUCUCUUCAAGACCAUUGGCUUCGAAGACGAUGCCGCACUCAUGUCCGCUGUUAUUACAGGCCUCGUCAACAUGUUUGCUACCUUUGUCUCUAUAGCCACUGUCGACAGAGUCGGCCGCAGGGCACUCUUCUUACAGGGUGGCACCCAAAUGCUCAUAUGCCAGAUCGUUGUGGGGACCUUGAUUGGAUUCCAAUUCGGGACAAGCGGUGUUGGUGCCAAUCUAUCCAGGGGAUAUGCGAGCUGUGUGGUGCUCUUCAUCUGCGUGUACGUAGCCGGCUUCGCGUGGUCGUGGGGCCCCCUCGGCUGGCUGGUCCCCAGCGAGAUCUUCCCCCUCGAAAUCCGAUCCGCCGGCCAAAGCAUUAACGUGUCGGUGAACAUGUUCUUCACCUUCAUAAUUGGACAGGCGUUCCUCACCUUGCUCUGCCGCUUGAAGUUCGGCCUCUUCUACUUCUUCGGCGGUUGGGUGCUUGUCAUGACCAUCUUCAUCGGCUUAUUCCUGCCGGAGACCAAGAACGUGCCAAUUGAAGAGAUGGUUCUCGCAUGGAAGAAGCAUUGGUUCUGGGGCAAGUUCAUCUCCGACGAUGAUAUCCAUGUUGGCAAGAAAACUAGCACGUUCGGUGCGUGAUCGGCCGACGCGCUCAAAUUGGUUUGAAAUGAAUGAGACUGCAACUUGUUAUCGGUUAUGAUAUUUGAUGAGGCAUUUACAAGAAUCAGUUCCCUCUAGUCAAUUUCUGUUAAAUUUUCAUGUGGCUUCUUGUUUCUUAUUACUUUGUCAUGACACAGUUUCAGUGUUUAUCACUUUGUCAUGACACAGUUUCAGUUCCUCACAAAUAUUGUCGUGCCUUGUGCAUAUUUCUCCCUGAUAGGAUAUUUAGUUUUUAUUUUCUUAGUUUUAUGCAACGCACAUAUGGCCAUCUAGACUGCUUGUUUUUAAUCUUGUUUGAAUCCGUGUUUUUUUAAUAAUAUGUUAUUUUGUU